CCGCUGAGAAGACAGUCUGUGCGUUACGUGCAAACAUACAUGAAUCUGCCGAGAUGGCAGGAUAUCUGCAGAUAAUACUACCACUAGCUGUACUACUGAUCUGCAGAUCGAUAUCGUGUGCAGAUGUAGCCGAAUCCAAAGAAGAACUAGUCCAAUCAGAAACUAAAGACGGCAAACUAGAAAUAAUCAAGCGAAUUAAAAAAGUGAACGAAGACGGCUCGUACACAAUAGGCUACGAAGCCGACGAUGGCUCCUUUAAGAUCGAAAGUCGAGAUGUGAUUGGUAACAUCAAAGGUACCUACGGUUUCAUAGAUGACGAGGGCCAGAUCAAGCGAGUUUCUUACAGUACGAGCAACUCAAGCGAAGUCUUGGCGAAGACGGAGGAGUCUUCAGCAUCUGUAGUUCAAAGAAUUCCAAAGAGUAGUAAACUAACUACAAGCACAAAAGCAGUGUCCACUGCAACCACUUCUCUACCGACGACUAAUUUCGCGAGAAGAAAAUCAACUAGCACCACUACAACAACAUCCAAACCCAACUACACUCAAGUCGUAAAUAUCGGGACGGGAACUACAAGUCGACCGAUUAUUUAUACUUCCGCCCCCAGAGUUCUGCUUCAAGGAAGAUCUAACACACAAAAUGAAAAAUUGGAAGGGCAACUAUCGCGUCCGGAAGUGAUAAUAAAACCAACUGAACUACCGCUAUUUAGAAGGCUAGCCUUGAAGCACGACCUGCUGAAUGAAGAUUCUAAACCUGUAACUGAAGAACCUGAAGUGCGAAGCAACAUAUUACGAAGACAGUUGGUGCAUGAGAGAGCCACAACGGACUUCAACCCCAAAGAACACAUUGUAAACUUGCAACAAUCUGAUGGAGACGAUAUCCCGGACAUAUACACCGGCUCGCUCACCACAACACCCAGACAUGUAUUCAGUACAACUCUGAGACCGAGAGUCAUAUCCACUACAGCGUCACCGAUAACUCUAAGACCUCUACGGUAUUCGCCAAAUUUCCAGCAAACUCCGGAAUACGCUCAAGCUAGUUCAACGACGGAAUCAACUGUCGACAACUCCACCCCAACACCGGUGCCUGUAGUGCAAAUCCCCGCCAACAGACAAUUAGCGCCAGAACCGUUGAUUGCCAUAAGACAUCCAUUCCAACGAGGUACAAUUUUGGUUCCUUUGAGUCAGCUGCAAAGACGUAUUGUUCCCGUCGAAAACGCCAGAGACGAAAGCAUGGAAAAUCAAUACAUCCUGCAGAAUGUCCGACCAAAUCAAUACAGUGAAUCAACUGCGAAACCUGUUGUUGAACAACAACCACGACCCAUUGCGCUAAGAAGAAUCCCUCCCCCAUUGCGGCCAAUACCAGUGCAAGUGGACGAAAAUGGUUACAUUAGGGAAGUUGAUCAGAGAGUUGCCGGGCCGUACCCUCUUCCCAUACCGAUAACGCCCGCCCCAAAAUACACGAACAACGAUGUACGUAAUGAAGUCGACAAUAUUGAGCCACCUGUAAGCACAAGAGAGUUCCAGCAACUUUUGCAGCAGUUGAUUCAGAGACAGUCGAGAUUGGAACGCGUGAACGAAAUGGCGAAUUCCAGAAGAUUUUUGUACCCCCAACAACAAGACUACAGACAGCAGCAAGACUACAGACCGCAACAAGAAUACAGACCCUUAUAUCCGACGAACCAGCCUCCUUUGUUCGUACAAAGAGUGCCGCAAGGUCAACGCGGCGGACCCGUGCAGUUUUAUCAAGAUGAAGACCAGAGAAACAGGCAACAGUACGUGGUCCAACAACCUCAACCACUAACACUGCGACAGCAAAAACAAGAUAACCUCUACAACGACCAAUUCGGCCAAUCGUACACCCCCACGAGACGUGUUGCCAGAUUGCUUCCAAAUCAACCAAACGAAGAUGAUAACGAAGAGUACCUCCCUCCAGAUGUAAGAGAGAUGCUUCUGCUGAGGAUGUUGCAGCUCGCGAUAAAUCCAGCUCUUCCCGUGGACGAUGAGGAGGUCCCUGAACCGACCACCCAGGUUCCUCAGUACAAGAAAGCCGUGAGAAACGUGGAAAUACUGGGCGAGGAGAGCGACGAUGCCAAGUCUCCGUCGAGGAUUAAGAGGUACAAAGAAUAUUAUUACUAAUUUUUACUAUUUCUAAAUUAUUAUUACCACUCUGUACAUAACCAUCCAUCGUUUUAUAUAUUUUUGUAGAUAUUUAUUUUGUACGUAUUUAUGUUAAGUUUAGAUAAAAUUAAGGUGUAAAAUGUUUUUCAAAGAACGUUAUAAAAAUUAUGUAAACAUUACAUAAUCUUACCAAAGAAUAGAGCUCGUGAGAAGUCCGAAACGUAUGUUAUAUUAUUACAAUAAAAC